UUAAUAAUCUGAAUGGAUGAUGAAUUAAAUGCAACAUUUAUAACCUUUGGUGGGCAUGUGGAGGUGCACAGAUACAGAUUUCUUUAUUUUGUGAUUAUGUUCAUAGUAUAUAUUCUAAUACUCUGCAGCAAUUUAACCAUCAUAUGCCUUAUUUGGAUUCACCGAAACCUCCAUGAGCCUAUGUACAUUUUCAUUGCAGCUUUGUUACUGAACUCUGUUCUUUACAGCACUACUAUCUACCCAAAGCUUCUGAUUGACUUUUUAUCAGACAAACAGAUCAUAUCUUAUUCAGCCUGUGUCUUUCAAUGUUUUCUGUAUUACACUCUAAAUGGUUCAGAAGUCUUACUGUUGGCAGCCAUGGCCUAUGACAGGUAUGUGUCUAUAUGUAAACCUCUGCAAUAUGCAACUAUCAUGAGAAAAACCACUGUCAAUAUUCUCCUAAUUUUUGCCUGGCUUCUGCCUGCUUGUCAGAUUGCAGUACCAGUAGCCGUUGGUAUUAAUAUCAAACUCUGUAAUUUUACUUUGAAAGGAAUCUUUUGCAACAAUUCAAUUUACAAACUUCACUGUGCGACUUCAAAAGCACUAUCUGUGUAUGGUGUGAUUGUUUUGUUAAAUGUUACAUUUUUCCCUGCGCUUUUCAUACUUUUUACGUACACACGGAUAUUUAUAAUAACCUACCAAAGUUGUAGAGAAGUCAGGAUAAAAGCCGCAGAGACCUGUUUUCCUCACCUGUUGGUUUUGGUAAUAUUUUCUUGUCUGUUUACAUAUGAUGUCAUUAUAGUUAAACUGGAAUCUGAUUUUCCAAAAACUGCACAUUUUGUAAUGACUUUACAAGUGGUUUUGUAUCAUCCUCUCUUGAAUCCAGUCAUAUAUGGACUAAAAAUGAAAGAGAUUUCUAAACAAAUCAAGAGGUUGUUUUGUCAAGACAAACUGAACUAAUAUAUCGACAAAGAUUACUGAUGAGCAGUCAUUUCUUCUGUAAUAAUCAUGCAGAUAUGUGAUUUCUGUGAUUCUUGGAAGGAUUUGUUUCCAUAACACUAAUGCACAGUAAAGACCAACAUCAGCUUCAGCAGUGUAAUGACUAAUGACUAAGAAAUUGGUUGUGGUCUUUCAAAAAUACUGAACUCCAAAAACACUAAAUAAAGAACUUUACUGUGAGACGCUUUCUGCUUGUAGCCUUUAUCAGGGUGACUUUGCAAACACAAAAGAAAUGUUUUAUUCUGGUGUCACAUGUGAGUUUUCCAGUUUGUUUUGAUUAACUGCAAGAAACAUUACUCUGUUACCAGUAAUGUUUUUGAUAUUAUUAUCAUUGUUUCUGGGUGUAUUGUUGUUAAAGUUCAUAAUGGUCAUAAAGUGAAUAUCUCAACAUUUUAAACCAACAGCCUUGAAAGCAAGAGCAUGUGCUCCAGACUGUAAUUUGGUACAAAUUUUAUUAAAAUCAAUAAAUGUUGUUUAAUAAUAAUAA